ACAGACCCAGCCGCCUUUGAUUUCCACAUGGAAUUUCAUCCGCAUCUUUUGCUUCAGCCGGACCGUCUACUUGUACCUCCCUAUUCCGCACCGGAUGCCUCUGUAUCAGCAGGGACGAGUGUUGCUAACGGUACCGCUGUGUCGCCUAGCCUUGGCCCUGUGUCAGCAGGUGGAGCUCCAGCAACAGGUGUAUUGGCCUCAUUACCUUCACGUAUCUGGCAACUGGAUGAGUUGGAAGAAGACAAGAGCCGUGUUUAUUUGACUGAGCUUAUCGAACGAGAACCCAUCGUGCACCUUGUAAGAAGCGUGCGUACUGCUAUGAGAGAUCUUUGUAUGAUAUUCUAUGACUGUGUUGCGCCUCAAGGUAUUUAUGUGAUUACAAUCACAUCCUCUCCCAUGAGAGAAGUCUGCAAGCAGAUCCAUGACGACAUUAUUCGCGUAAGUCACGGGGCGCUUCUCCCAUUUCAUUGCCUGCCUGCCGUUGGGGCCACAGAGAAACAAGCAAAAGUAGAACGAAGGCCGUUCCCUAAGAAGCCCAUGAAACACACGGGAGGGAACGUCACUGCCUCCGCCAAAGCAGAGGCGGAUCCAAUCGCAGCAGACACCUCAAGAAAGGUUGUCGGGGGAAACGGAGAAAGGAACAGGCAUCCAAAACGUCCCCGGAAGUUUCCUGAAAACGAAAAUGCAGGAGCGACGUCGCGCUCCGACUGUCCUCAAAAGAAAAGUCGCCAAGAAACGGCACAUGCCGUGAAGAACAGGAAGAGUGAACAGACGGCAGGCUCCGCCAAAAAGAAAAAAAAGGUAAAAUGA